CUGAGCGUUAACUAGUUUGUGCAGACAUCUGAGCCGGUGAUCUGCUUCAUUGCCUUCGAGUUGGUAAAAGUUCAUUCUCGAUUAUAAAUCAUGCCUUUCACUUGCAUAGUAGAAAGUUGUGGCCAUAAACCAAGAAGUUGGUCAACUUUGACAUUCAACUUACACCCAUAGAUUGCGGUUAAGACACGAAAAUAUGCUCGUUUGCGGGCACUUUUUUUUUUUAAACCUACGUGAGGAUUUGGACUCAUUUGGCAUCCCAGUGAGAGUAGACGUUCUACGCAACCUCCCUUGAAGCUACUUAAACUGACAUCAGAGAUGCAGCUUGACGCACUGCUUAAGAGCCGCCAAAAGCAUCCGUCCACCAUGAUGGCUGUCUUAGAGGACUGGGAUGAGAACACCGGCUGCCACAGAGACAACAUGAAGUUGUACACGUUAAUUGUGCUCUCCAAGUUUGGAUUGGAUGUCUUGGCACUGUGGCUGUACAGCCACCACCGACUACGCACAUCCUUGCUGGGCAUGUUUAGCCUGACCGUUGUCCUGGCUGACCUGGUGAUGGUCUUUUGUACCGUCACCCUGUGGCUACUUGGAUCUGACAAAAUCUCCGCUUGCUACCUCUUGGCUUUUGCAUCGGUCACAUAUGGAACACUGCCGCUGCCUAUGGCGGGCCUGUGUUUGCUAGAAUAUUUCUUCAAAGAUACUUGGAGAACCUCCUAUAAGGUUUUCAAGAACAUGACGGUGACGCUUCUCUUGUGGAUUUUUGCAGUUGUAUACUCCUACAGUGCUGUGAAUGUGGAGCUCAUGGAGCUGAGGCUCACGUCGGGUAAAAGAGUUCUGGUGUGCGAGGUUCAGGACACAACAUUGGUCGCCUACUGUCUUUUCGGUCUCCUUGGGAUUUUGAGUUGUUCGAUGCUUCCUUUCUGCCAUCGGAUUCCCCAGUGGAUUCAUGAAGCUGAUAGGUUGUACGAUGCGAGGGAGGCUCAGGAGAACCAGUUGAGCGACCUGUUCAUAUCAACCAACGGCUUACAGACGACAGUUUCCGAUGAGUUUCGUCUAAAAGAGACCACCACACCAAAACCGCCGCUGUGGUUCAGUCUAACGUUGGGCUUCGCUAUGUUCUGGCUGCCUUAUCUCAUAAUAACGUCAGCCAGCUUGGUUUUUGGCUUCUGGAUACCCGCCUACGUCGCAGUGAACCUACUGUGGUUGGAGUGCACCAACAGCGUCAUAGUGGGGUUGAUGUUCUGGGUAAAGAGUCGGAUGCAAGGGCCUUACGCAAAAGUACCAGAAAAUGUGUUCUCAUUGGAAGUGUACUGGCAUUUAAGCAACGGCAAACAAAGCGGCACAAAGACAUAUACACCCUUAACUGUUUAAUACGGUGCGACCCGCUUAUUUAGUCAGCCAGGCUAAAGGGCGCAGAGUAGCAAGAGACGAGAAUGGGCAUUAAUGGUAUUUUUUCAACUGACAUUGUUUACCUACAUUUUCAUGACACUUUAUACUUUUAUAACAUUGCUGUGGUGGAAAUCUACUGUGGUUUUAUUUGUGUUUUACUGUUGUAUGGUUUAUUUUUCUGUGAUAUGGAUACCCCUGGGUCUGAAAUAAAAUGGCUACUACCAGGGGCGCCGCUAGGGAUUUUGGGCCCCAUGAAAAGAAUCUUUACAGGGCCCCCAACACAGUGUCAUUAUUUUUUCUGUAUUAUAAUUUCAUCAUCAUAAGGGGCCUCUCUGGGCCCCCCUCCAUCAUGGGCCCCUAGAAUCCGUCUCCUUUACCCCCCCUUUUUGGCGCCCCUGGCUACUACUACUACUACUGUAUUGACUACAAUGACAAUAAAGCUUUCAUGCAAACGCAAAUCUUUCUGACAAUGGCUUACAAUCAAAAUGUUUUUAAAAAAUGGACAUAUUUUGUCAGUUACUGACUGCGGGUCAAUAAAGCAAUGCUUUAGGGAUGUGCCGAUCAAUCGACUACUGAUCGUAGUAGAGAUGUCAGAUAAUGGCAUUUAUGCCGAUAUCCGAUAUCCCCCAACUCUUAAUUACCGAUUCCGAUGUCAACAGAUACCGAUAUUUACAGUCGUGGAAUUAACACAUUAUUAUGCCGAGUUUUGUUGUGAUGCCCCGCUG